UGCGAAUGAAUAGGAGGCAUUCCUAGCGGGAAUGUUGGGAAUUCAAAAUUCGAAUGGAUAGGCCCACGUCUUUGCUGUAUUUAGAUACUUGAAAAUGAAGAGAAGCUCGCGACGGAAAUCCAAAGCUCCAGAUACUAAAUGUUUUAAGGAAGAGACAAGCAAGCAAGAAGCUGUUGUUGAUCAAGAUGAAGUAGAUCCAUCUGAUCUGAAGUUAGCAAGGGUGCUGCUAAAAAGAAGACUUUUUGGGAUGGAUGUUCCCUCGAAAUUUUGGUUGAGUUUUGGCUUAGAAAACCAGAAGAGGCAGCUGAUAGAUGUUUUUGAGCAAUGUGUCAAAUUUGGAGAAAGCAAUUCUGCUUUAGUUAUUGGCCCUAGAGGAAGUGGAAAGACAAAGCUGAUUGAAGCUGCCCUUCAUGAUUUAGAAGAAUCAUCAGAAAAUUAUUUUGUUGUAUUUUUAAAUGGUUUGUUGCAAACAGAUGAUAGGACCUCGUUGCAAGAAAUUGCGAGGCAGUUGAAGCUUGAAAACGUUAUUGGAGAUCAAGUGUUUGGAUCCUUUGCGGAGAAUCUGGCUUUUAUUUUGGAUUCCUUUCGUAGUGGUAGCGAAGAAACCCGUUCUGUCAUAAUGAUUCUCGACGAGUUUGACUUAUUCGCACAACAUAAAAACCAAUCACUUAUAUACAAUCUUCUUGACGUCUCCCGUAACAAAGAAACGCCAAUCGCCGUGGUUGGAGUCACUUGUAGAUUGGAUGUCAUAGAGCUGUUAGAAAAACGAGUUAAAUCAAGAUAUUCUCAUCGGAGCAUUUUAACAUUCAGUCAGAUUGACUUUGAAGAUUACAUAACUAUGCUUAGAUCCAUGCUGAUGCUUCCAGCUGAUUUUCAGUCACGCAAAUUCAGAGACAGUUGGAAUAAGUACAUGGCGGUUCUAGCAACUGACAGAGCUAGCCGGGAAGUCAUCAGGAAACAUUUUAACAAGUCAAAAGAUAUUCGUUCUUUGUCCAUGUGUCUAGCACAAGCAGUUUGCAAAGUUUCUACCCAAUCUCCUUUCGUUACCUCUGAAAUUCUUGUGAAUGUUUUUAAAGGACAAGAGAAUGAUAGCAAGCAACUAAUCUUGAAUGGCUUGUCUGUAUUGGAGCUCUGUCUUAUUGUUGCAAUGAAGCAUAUUCGUGAUAGAAGAAGCGGGGAAGCAUUCAACUUUGAUAUGAUAUAUAAAGAAUACGAGUCUUUUGUAUUAAAACGAAGCACAACAACUCAAAAAUUCGACAAAAGGGUUGCAAUGAAGGCUUUUGAGCAUCUUCUUGCUGUUGAACUCGUCAAACCGGUGCACAGCGUCAGUCAGUCGUCCCUGCCGAAGGAGUUCCAGCAUAUGAUGCUGCUGGUCGAUGACAGUCAAAUCAACGAAGUUUUCUCUUCGUAUCAAGGUUGUCCAACUGAUUUGAAGCACUGGGCAUCAACUGAAUUUGCCUGAUUAUGGAUCCCUUGCGCUGCCUUCUUUCACAUCUCUCUCUCUUAUCCAUCAAAUUGAACUUGUAGAUCAUGUGCACCAUGCUACGGGUUUAAAUUCGUUUACAGGUCAGUUUGCCUGUGACAUGCGCAGUAGUCCUCGGGGAUUCUUUUGAGUUAUUGGAAUAAUUUCAAAAGAUUUAUUUGUAAAUUUUUUGCCAUUUUUAUCAAUGGCUCUUUAAGUUUUCUUUCGGAUGAUGAUCUUAUUUGGAAGUAUCCCGUAUGUAAACUUUACAAACUUCCAAAUUUUUCAAACUAAGACAUCUUCAGCAAUCUAAGAAUUUUUUUAGUUUAGUGUCGUUAUAAGUAUAUCUCCAAAUUUUCCUCAUUUAUCCAUCAUUGAAGCAUUUUAGGAACUUACUUAUGACAUACAAGAACCAAUAUACCUUACGCAAAGCUUCCAGAGUCUUACAUCUCCUAAAAUACAAAUUUUCUCUAAUUUGAAAAAUCUAUUUUAUAUGAUACGAUAAGACAUAUGACUAGUAUGGUAAUGAAAAUAAAUCUUUACCGGUCUGUCAAAAAUGCCCAAUGCCGUAUAGGCCAGAGCUGUACACGCUAUUUGGUGCAUAGAACAGGUUGCCACUCCGAGUUUCACGCUUAAUGCGGUCAUCAGGGAGCUGUCCAAAGUAUAAGAUUUCAAUUCUUUCGAGAAGUAAGAUUCAGAAUCCAAGAUGGGACCAAACAAAUUUGCUUCAGAAUCAACUGAUUGAUGACAGCAUAGAUAACAGCAAGAUCAGUAAUGAAUCCAUGAAUCUGCUUUAUAUUCAAAAGCAAUUGCAUGAUUUAGUAGUGGUAUGUCUUAUUUAAGAGCAAAUUUUGAGUACUUUCAGUUGACGUAUAAAAUAACUUAUUUUGCCAACGUCAGCGUGUAUAGUUAUCCUAAAGAGUAACUAAAUGAGCUGGAAUUUACUAUAAAUGCGCUAAAUUACAUUGAAACAAAUACGUUUAUUCGAUAAUAUUUGAUUAUGCUUGGCAAUAAAUCAUCAUCAUAAUCAUAAUGUACUUAUGUAAUGCGACAGCAAUGACGGAAAGGCAAUCUCUUCACAGAGUGACUCUUCACCCCGUGCCACUAGCUAUUUUACAAGUAUUGAAGAAGUAGCAUAUAGUUUAGAUUAUUUACAAUACGAAAGCUAACUUUAAGGAAGAAAACAAAUGCAGUUUAUUCCAGUGCUGAGCUGAAAGUUUCAUUUUGCUUUAAUACGUAAAUUAUUGCGCAUUUAUGUAGAAAAUUUCAUGGCACCCUCGGCUUUUUAUUUUUUGCAAGCAGUCAAUUUGGUGGAGUUCUGCAAACACCUUUUCCUGAAACUUCACACAGGCACGGGAUGGUGCGAAAUGCCAGGCUCUGCGUUGGCGCCCCUUCAUUGGCAACCAGUCUAGUGUACCCAGCGUAACCAGCUCGAAAGACUGGGAUGGGAUAAAAAAAAUUCGACCACGCCCUUCACAUACUCUGAAAACGUAGGAAACGCCUUCGAAUUUUUGGAAUUGCAAAUUUUUAAGCAGCAUUUUUCAUAAGAGGGGCUUUUUUAAAAGAACAAAAAUCGAAUACGAUCUGAUCAACCCCACUCCCCAAGGGUUUUUCGACAGAUUUCGAGAAACUAUAAAAUUGAUCUUUUGGAAAGCUGCGAUCCACAUGCCCACCCCAGUCCAUCCCGUGGCGACCCCACUGAGUGUACCCUUUCUUUCUCUUUGGCGUAGCAGCCUAGAAGAAAACCAACAGUAGCAUCUUGAGCCUUAUGCAAUCUUUUCAAGAGGCGCGACGGAAAAGGCUGAAAGAGAACGUCUACAAAGACUACUUUGACGAAACGAUGAGCAGCUCAGCAAUCUGUUUUCAAUUUGAAUGGAAUGAGAUUUGUUUGUAGCAUGGACAUUAAAUAUCAUAGAAGCAUGAAGAAGUUACUUCAAUCAUAAAGUAUUCCCACGAAGUUAGGUAUCACUUGGACUUGGCCAGGUUAGGUAUCAAUUUUUGCCGCGAAUUUUGCAGGUCGAAUAAUUGCUGCCGUUUUUAUUUCGAGAAGUUUGAAGCAUGCCAGUUUUGCCGAAGUGAGCCGUUUAGAAGGCCCUGUUCACACGAUACCGGAUUAAUUUCGUAUCGGAUCACUUUUCAUGUCGGAUAGGCCUUCUGUUCAAACGAUGACGCUUUAAUCCGAUACGCUCCGUAUCGUUUUUGCGGAGUCAAACCAUUCUGCUGCGAAUGUGGAAUGGAAUCAUAUCGGAUCGCUUUUGAGCUCGUGUGAACGCAUGAAUCCGAUACGGUUUCGCUCCAGAACCUCUGUUUCGAAAAAGCAGCUUCGUUUUCUCGGUUUUUAAAAACAGUUUGGCACUCUUUUCAAGACACAAACUCACAGUGGAUCGCAGUUACACAAUAAAUAUGUUCCUUGCGAUGAUGAUGAGCUUCACAAGAUUAAUGCAAAGGAAAAUUAGAUUGUUUGAAAAUUGAUUUCGAAAUACUUCUUCUUCAAAACUAAACAGCGUAUCAGUUCCGUCACGUCAAAGAUUUCAAUCAGUCAGAAAAAGAGCGAAACAAAAAACACAUUUCACGUUGCUAUGCAACUGCUUCAAGACAAUGGAUUUUAUGGAGCAGUGUUGAAGCGUAGCUUCAUCGUGUGAACCACAUAAUAGAAAAUCUCUAUGCUGUGUGUGAACAGGAGUGAAUUCGAUACGAAAUUAAACCGGUAUCGUGUGAACAGAGCUUGAUUUUCGUAUCGGAUUGGGUCAGUGAAUCCGAUAUGAAAUGAAUCCGGUAUCGUGUGAACAAGCCUUAGAUGAGACUAUAAGAACCAUCGAGCCAAGAAAUCAGAACACGCUUAUCAAAUUUUGUACUUUCUUUUACUGCCGAAUCUCCAAACACAAGCCUGUAAAACCCUCGUAAAUUCAGUGGUUUUACAACACACCAGAAUGCCUCUCUCUCCCCGACUCUUUUCGGAAAACCUCCUCAAAAAUGAACUUAUGGCCCCUUAUUUUGAACAAAUAUUUGCAGAUAUAGAAUCAGUGAUGUAUACUGCCUAAUAAAAAGCCUUUCGGAAAAUUUUUCAUGUAAGUAGCACUUUAAAAUACCUCAUAUAUUUUAGUAGGAAUUGGUUUAUGAUAAUUAAAUUAGAUAUUAUAUUACCAAAAGUAUGAUUAUUCAAUAAAGUAUUUUUGUGGUUAUUCAAUAAAAUGCAAAAGGCAACCAACCUCAAAUGGCAAAAAC